CCUGAAUCCUUGGAGACUGACAUUUGCCCACCCUAAAGGCAUAGACAACAAAAGAAAUUGCGUGUCAGGCAACACAAGAGUUCUUAAACUGCACAGAUGCUUGCCAGAAUGUCUGACCUCCAUAUUCUGCUGUUAAUGGUUCUGGCGGGAAAGACAGCCAUGGGGUUCUCCCUGAUGUCUUUACUCAUAGACCCGGACCCAGAUUGGACCCCUGACUACUACGAGAAUAGCUAUGAGCAAUCCAACCAGGAGGAGAACAGCAAUAAUACUCCUGUCUACCAGGAGAAUCCUGACUGGUACUACACAGAGGACGAUCCGUGCCUGUCCAACCCCUGUGAACAUGGCGGGGACUGCCUUGUCAGCGGGGACACCUUCACAUGCAGCUGUCCAGCCCCUUUCUCUGGAAACAGGUGUCAGAAUGUGCAAAACAAGUGCAAGAACAACCCAUGUGACCGGGGCGAAUGUCUCAUUACCCAAAGUCCUCCCUAUUCCCGCUGUGCCUGUAAACACCCUUACAGGGGUCCAGACUGCUCCACAGCGGUUCCUGUGUGCAGGCCAAAUCCCUGCCAAAACGGCGGCACCUGCUCCCGGCAUAGGCAGAGAACCAAGUUCACCUGUACCUGCCCUGACCAGUUCAAAGGGAGAUUCUGUGAAAUAGGUCCUGAUGACUGCUACGUUGGUGAUGGCUACUCCUACCGAGGGAAAGUGAGUAAGACAGUCAACCAACACACGUGCCUUUACUGGAACUCCCACCUCCUCUUGCAGGAGAAUUACAACAUGUUUAUGGAAGAUGCUGAGACCCACGGGAUCGGGGAGCACAACUUCUGCAGAAACCCAGAUGGAGACAAACAGCCCUGGUGUUUCAUUAAAGCCAACAACGCAAAGGUGAAAUGGGAGUACUGUGAGAUCCCAGCUUGCUCAGCCCUAGACAUUGCUGACCCAGAGGAAAGCCCCACAGAGCCUCUGACUAAGCUUCCAGGGUUUGACUCAUGUGGGAGGACUGAGAUGAUGGAGAGGAAGGUCAAGAGGAUCUAUGGAGGCUUUAAGAGCACAGCGGGCAAGCACCCGUGGCAGGCAUCCCUGCAGACCUCAUUGCCACUGACUGUCUCCAUGCCCCAUGGCCACUUCUGCGGGGGAGCACUGAUCCACCCCUGCUGGGUGCUUACUGCUGCCCACUGCACCAACAUAAAAACUAAACAUCUGAAAGUGGUGUUAGGGGACCAGGACCUGAAGAAGACAGAAUUCCAUGAGCAGAGAUUCGGGGUGGAGAAGAUUUUCAAGUACAGCCACUAUAAUGAAAGAGAAGAGAUUCCCCACAAUGAUAUUGCUUUGCUCAAGCUAAAGCCAGUGGAUGGUCACUGUGCUUUGGAAUCCAAAUAUGUGAAGACCGUAUGUUUGCCCCAUAGCGUUUUCCCCUCUGGGACUGAGUGCCACAUCUCUGGCUGGGGUGUGACAGAAACAGGGGAAGGAUCCCGCCAGCUCCUGGAUGCCAAGGUCAAGCUGAUUGCCAACGCUUUGUGCAACUCCCACCAACUCUAUGACCACAUGAUCGAUGACAGCAUGAUUUGUGCAGGAAACCUUCAGAAGCCUGGAAAAGACUCGUGCCAGGGUGACUCUGGAGGCCCUCUGGCCUGUGAGAAGAAUGGUACCUACUAUAUCUAUGGGAUAGUGAGCUGGGGCCUGGAAUGUGGGAAGAAGCCAGGAGUCUACACCCAAGUUACCAAAUUCCUGAAUUGGAUCAAAGCCACCAUCCAAAAGGAGGGUAGCUUCUAAGGUGUCUUCUGAACCUGAGAGCCCGUUGUCCCGAGCACCCAGACAAGGCCAGACCUCAUGGGCAGCCCUGGACACCCUGGGAGCCCCCAGGAGGCCAUACAGCCGAGUGUCCAUGCUCUGAGCAGAGACAACGGCCACCCAGCCUGGGGCGCCCUGAACCAGCAUGUCCACCGCUUUAUCAGGCUGCCUUGUGGGUAACCCAAGACAUGCCAGAAUCAACCCAAUAGAUACUUUGUUGGCUUCCCUUCAAGAAAAUCACAGACCACCUUCACCUCAGACAUUUGCAAACGUGGGAUUUCAGAAAAACCAGAGCCAGUGGGAGUCACCUUUACAUCUUUAUUCCUCAUCCCAGACACCCAAGGAACGCAUCAGAACUGGCCACCCACGUCCAGGAUCAGACGGGGGACC